CGGUCAGUCCUGUGUUGGUAGCUGGUAGGUAGGAAGCUAACCGCUGGCUAACCUGCCGUGCUACCUCCUCCGCCUCUGAAGGCAGCUGAACGGAACCGUGAAUGAACCACGCAUCUCAAUGCAUCCCCUGUGGCCGCGAUGGCAGCGACAAAAACGACGGCGGCAGCUAGCCCCCUUUCUCGCCACUACAGGAGGAUGCUGAAGCUGUUUGGUGCACUGGUUAUCCUCGGACUGGCACUGGCGUGGAUCACCUCCUGGGUGCUGGACAGCUAUGACACGGCUUGGCAUCCUAAACGGAGCGUUCAGCAUCCGACUGUCGGUGAUGGAGCUGGAUCUAAAAGGAGUUCUCCACCAUUUCCCGGCGAACACUUAAGCAAUAUAUUCUGGUUUGUACAGGUGUCCGAUAUUCACAUUAGUCGAUUUCAUGACCCAAGGCGCAUCCCAGAUUUUGAAAAGUUCUGCACUGACACCAUUGAGGUGAUCAAACCGGCUCUUGUGCUUGCAACAGGGGAUCUGACAGAUGCUAAAACAGAGAGUAAGGUGGGAUCCCUCCAGCAUGAGGUGGAGUGGCAGGCCUACCACAACAUCCUAAAGAGGUCACGUGUGAUGGAGCGCACCAAGUGGAUUGACAUCCGCGGAAAUCACGAUGCUUUCAACAUUAUUUCACUGGACAGCAUCACCAAUUAUUACAGGAAAUACUCAGCCAAUCAGAAAGUAGGCUCUUUUCACUAUGUUCACAAAACGUCCUUUGGCAACUACUCCUUUGUGUGUGUGGAUGCUACCCUGACUCCAGGACCUAAGAGACCAUACAAUUUCUUUGGUAUUCUCAACCAGACUCAAAUGGACAUGCUGGACACGUUCAGAACUGAAAGUCUGAAAAGCAACCAGUCGAUCUGGUUUGGCCACUACACCACCUCCACCAUUGUUUCCCCUUCUCCAGGAGUUCGAGACAUAAUGAGAUCUGCAGUUGCAUAUCUGUGUGGCCAUCUACACACUCUGGGGGGCCUGAUGCCUGUCCUCCACAGCCGGCAUCCCCAAGGCACCCUAGAGCUGGAGCUGGGUGACUGGAUGGACAACCGCAGGUACAGGGUUCUGGCCUUUGACCAUGACCUGCUGAGUUUCUCUGACCUGAAGUUUGAGCAGUGGCCUGCAGUGCUCAUCACGAACCCCAAGGAUGCGCAAUACGUGCACCCAGGGGUGGAGCCACUGGGUCGAAUACGAAGGUCAACGCACAUCAGGAUCUUGGCUUUCUCAGAGUCCCCGAUCACUGCAGUGCAUGUGAGUGUAGAUGGGGAACCUCUGGGGAAAGGUCACUCUGCUGGAGGCCCUCUUUAUGUUGUGCUAUGGGAUCCGUCUCUUUACCUCACAGGACUGCACACAAUCAGAGUUAAAGUGGAGGACUCGGCAGGCCGGUCGUCAGUGCGGGAGCAGCAUUUUACUCUGGAGGAUGAUCUGACUCCCAGCUUCGGCUUUGUGCAGUCUUUCAUCCUCCUCACAGACCACUACAUCCUGGGCCGGGUGGCCUUUAUAUUCAUGAUUCUGCUGAAUGUUGGUCUGCUCCUGGCCUUCAGGUUUAUGCAUGUUCCCUUGGGCAGAGGAUUGGUCUCUCAAGCAUGUAUGUCACUUCACUUGGUCAGCAAAAUGGAUACUUUCUACUACUCUCUGCUGCUGUUCAAUCUGUGCACAGCCUUAGGCCCGUGGUUCGUAGGAGAGCUGAUUGAUGGCCACAGCGGUGCUUGCUUUGCCUUUGGAGUAUUCAUAGAUGGACACUUCCUGGAGGGCAGUCUCACUUAUGUGGUUGGAGUCAUUCAACUCCUCUUCUUCAACAUGCCCCUCACUUCUUAUCUCUGCUGGAGCCUCCACCACCGUUGCCGUGGCAACACCUUCCGAUCCCACUUCCUGCGGCCGGGCUGCCGCUGGAGGACUCUGGCUGUUCACCUGUUCAUGCUGCUGCUCCUCACCUGGCAGGCCCAUUCCUGUUACUUUCUCCUGGAGACCUACGGUCCCAUGGCCUUUUUCCUGUCUCCUGUCCGCACGUGGGCAUUAGGGCUCAGCCUGCUAUUGGUCUACCGCGCCUGGACAGGCCCCACCCCUCUCAUUCGUGACAACAGCAAGAGUGUCUCUCCCUCUUGACAGUAAUUGCACGGUACCACCACUGUUUCCCCUCAAGCCUGACUCUCAAAUAUAUUUUACUGUCUCUAUCCACGGCGAAAGCCUCAGUUUUCCCCGCAAAGCAGCUCCCUCCUUUCUUUCUCUCUUCUAUCCGAAGCCACUUCACAGUACAUCACUCACUAUCCUGUUUCUAGAUAGUGUUGUUUACUUAAUAUGCAUGUUAUUGUAAAGCACCGGCGAGCACAUUUCUGGCCAUAUUCAUAGCAAUGUGUACAGUCUAUAAAAAACAACAAAAAAAAAAAAACACCUUGGAUACAAAAGGGUAAAAAGAGCCAAUUUGAGCUAUGUGAAAUCUAGUCCAAUGUAUGCUGCUGUUGACAGUGUACUGUAUUAGAGCUGUUUUCUGCUGUGGUUUAAGCUGACUCAUUUAAUUGAGAUUUAGCACUUUUUGGAAGUGUUGCCUUGGCCAAAUGCCACUUCACCACUGCCAAAGGAUGAAUAAGAAGGAUUUCACUUUUCCUUUUCUUCUUCCCUCUAUAUGAAACCAUUUUCAUUCACUAAUGAAGGCUGGAUGUGCCAAAAUGAUUCUUGUGGCUAUCUUCUGACAACAGCUCACGCAAUUAAGAAAAGAUUAAACCUCAUUUUUUUUAUGCAGUAAGCGUUUCCUAACUCCCCAGCACAACGGUUAUGGUAACUCCUGCAAAGUUGAUACCAGUAAUGGAACCUAAACUAUCAUAUUCUUGAGUUAAUUUGACACAUAAUGACAGAUAAUCACAAGAAGGGAAGUACAAAUUAAUCAAGUACUGUAGCUGAUGUGUGUACAAGAGGUUAAUGAGAGCAAGUCUUCAAGUUAAACAACUGCCAGUACUGUUCAGUGUUCACAUUGGAAUAUUCAUAUCAAAACUUUAAUGCCAGUUUUUACCGAAACGCAGAGAAGCCGCCUCUACUUUUUUCAUGCUCCUUCAAACGUGACUACAGAAAGCAGCUGUUUGUUUCUCAGGAAUGUGAGCAAUUGAACAAAAAGCUGGUCCCAGUAGUAUUUCAGGACAAUGUUUUUAUACUCCAUAGUAGCUCAGUCAAGUAAAUCCAUGUUGAACAAUCCAAAUGAGUGGUGGCUAAAAAAAAAAAAAAAACAAAAUGAAUGUUUUAAUAGAUGUCUUGAAAGAUGAACCAGUGCUAUGCUGUUUUUAUUUAUUCAUUGUUCUAUAUUGUGUGAUUAUUAUUUUUUUCUUCCAUUUUAAACUGCACUGGAAAGUAUUCUUCACUGUUGGGAUGAGUGUGGUUAGAGAGAUUUUAGAGCUUUCCCUGUGUUGGAAGUCAAUCUGACAGGUUUGUGUGUGUGUGUGUGUGUGUGUGUGUGCAUCCAUGUUUUGUCUAUGUUGUUCAGAAUGUUAAUCUGUGGGAGCUGUAAACUAAGUCUUUAAGUCCUUUCCAGUCAGCAAUAGCAGUUGCCUGCAUUCCACAAGAACUAACAAAAAUGUGUUUUUUGUUUUUUUAAAUGAGCUGUGUGGAGAAAACUCAUAGUUUAAUACUAGAACAGCUGCCACACUGAAUAAAUUAAAAUAUGUGCUCUCUUGAUGGCGGCAGUUUAAUAACUUACUUUCCCCCCUCGCUGCACAGACAAGUCUUCAUUUGUACAGGAGAACCACUAAUUGUACAAUUCCAGGAAAAAGACUGAUGUUUGGAAAUUCUGGGCUUUUGUUAUUGGGGAGUACUUCUCUAAGGACACUCAGUACCUCAAGCUGUGCAAUCUGUCCACAAGGAGGCGGUAUUGAAUGAUUCUAAAUGAUCAUGACUAUGCUGCAUUUUACUUUCCCUUCAGAAUUAUGCAUGUGACUGUUUUUUGUUUUCCCCCCAAUCAACAAAGCAUCAGAGCUGCUUUUAAGGGACCGGUUUAUUGGUUUAAUGGCACUAAAUGAUUAUGUUAGCUAUGAGUCUGAAUGUGAUCUGUAUUUUACACAAGAAAAAGUGACUCCACUACCACUGCAUCUCUGACAAGGAGUGUACUGUAAUGUGUUCAAACACUGAAGCAUAUGAUUGAAUAGAUGAGUUUUACACCUGCCACAUAUUUUUCUUGUGACAACUGAAAUUAGAGCCAACCACUAUUUUAUUUUAUUAAUGGUUUCUAGUGCUGUGAAAUAAAAAUGUUCAUUAUAGUAAA